UCUCUAUCAAUUAUUUUUCAAGAGUUUUGGUUAAUGUUUAAUUAUAUUUGCAGUCAAUCGGUUUGCAGUUUUACUUUCGCCCGUUAAAUAAUUUUCUAUUUCAAGAUAUUGGAUACAAAUAUGCGUCUUUUUGGGAAAGUAACACAUUUUCUGCAUAUCUCCCGGUGUCUGAGCUAUCACGCGCCAAUCUGUAGACCCCAUCGUCUGCUCCAUGGCAGCUGCAAGCAAUGGAAGAAAAUCUGCUCGAACUGCGUCUGUUGGCAACCGCCGCAGUUGGUGGAAUUCCUGCCAUCUGUGCCAACAAUGAUACACGUCCAUUUAUAUUCCCAACGGACGCCGGGCGUCUUCAGUCCGAACACCAAUGUGGAUAUGCUGCGCAAAAGGAUCAGCUUUAGCGGAACGCCAAGCGAGGCCGCCGAUGGGGCACCAAAUGUUGUGCCCGUUGGCAUUAUCAUACCCGAGGCCAAAGAUGGCAAGCAACUGAAGAUUGUGAUUGUACCAUUGGACUUGGCCAAUCAGGAUAUCGAGAGCUUGAGGAACACGCUGGAGGCGCUUAAUCAGCUGCGCAUGCACGCCAAUGAGAUCGACGCCUUUACCAACAGCAUGAUCGAGGACUUUAACCAGGAAAGCAAAGAAGAGACUCCUGCUAUCGAGGAGCAGCCAGUCAGCAAGGAGAAAUUGAACUUCUUCGAGGGCUAUGUGAAGGGCAUCGAUGCUGUAGGCUCUUCGGCCGCCAGUAAAAAUGCAUCGGAGCAGCAAGAUAUGCAGGCGGCUACCGCGGCUCUAAGCAACGUGGCCACCGAUGUGGAGGUAACACCAAUAGCGCCUAGCGUGCCAUUUACUCCGAGCACACCGAAUGCACCAAGCACAACGCCCAGCACUUCACCCGGUACAAUGCCACAGCCGAUGCCCAAUGUUAUACCCUUGGGUGAUCCAAAGGAAACGCAGAUCUGUGCCAGCGCACAGCCAGAGGUAGAUGAAACGGUCGCCAGUGUAGAGCCCCAUGUGGAUCAAAUCAGCAUUGAGGUGCCAGACAGCCUGGGCCAGCGUCUUAACGAAAUGGCCAUUGCAUCCAUGCAUUUGUCCUUUGAAAUGGACAUGUCCAACGUGCGCGAUGCCAUAAUGAAUGGCGACGCACCCGAAAAAACGGAGGCCACAUUGGGCAACGAUGCGAUGGUCUUUCUAGAAACCAAAGUAGAAGCAGAUCCAGAAAACGCACCACUGAAUACGGUACCACUGCGCUUCAAUGCCCUGAUCAAAGGCACGGUUCAAAUUGAUGCGGACAAGCUCAAUCCAGAUCAACUGACCGAAGCACUGUUGCCAGAAUACAAUGAUGCAGUCACCUCCAUUGCCGCCAGCGUAUGCAGCACGGCGCUACAGAGUGGAUUUUCCUCCGACAACGCUGCCGAACAGCAGCCAGAGACGGCAGAGUCGAUGCCGAUGCCGACUCCCAAGGCCAAGACUGCGGCAAAUGCUCGCAUGGCAAUGAAACGCAAUCAGGCGAUGAAGCGCAUGAAGCAGCAUCAUCACCGUCCCAGAAUGAGUACAGUGCCUGUGCCGGAUGUUCAGAGCCCGUACUUAAAGGAUGGAUGCAAAUAUCCUGUUAUCAAGCCAAAAAAGAAGUGCCCCAAGAAGUGCCCGCUACUCGAUGACCCCUGCAAGGAAGAUCCGUGCAAGCGUCCACAGGAACCGAAAAAAAAGACGCAAAAGAAGAAAGCGCUUCGGACCGUCGAAAUAACUGCCAAGAGUUCCGGUGACAAAAAAGAUAGCAGUGCCAAUAAAUGUGCUAGUGACAAGAAAGAUCCCUGUGCCAAGAAUGGUGCCGGCGGCAAGAAGGGAGGUGAAAAAAAAGAUCCUUGCGCUAAAAAAGACGAUAAAAAGGAUAAAUGUGCUAAAGAGGACCCAUGCAAAAAGAAGGAUCCAUGCGCUAAAAAGGACGAUAAAAAGGAUAAAUGUGCUAAAGAGGACCCAUGCAAAAAGAAGGAUCCAUGCGCUAAAAAGGACGAUAAAAAGGAUAAAUGUGCUAAAGAGGACCCAUGCAAAAAGAAGGAUCCUUGCGCUAAAAAGGACGAUAAAAAGGAUAAAUGUGCUAAGGACGACAAAAAGGGUAAAGAUGAUAAGAAGAAGGACCCAUGCGCAAAGUUUAAGAAGGGCGGCAACGGAGAUAAGAAGAAAGAUCCUUGCGCCAAAAAAGACGAUAAAAAGGAUAAGUGCGCCAAAAAAGACGAUAAGAAGGAUAAGUGCGCCAAAAAAGACGAUAAGAAGGAUAAGUGCGCCAAAAAAGACGAUAAAAAGGAUAAGUGCGCCAAAAAAGACGAUAAAAAGGAUGAUCCAUGCAAAAAGAAGGAUCCUUGUGCCAAAAAUGGAGGUGAUAAAAAGGGAGGCAAAGGCGACAAGAAGAAAGACCCUUGCGCCAAGUUUAAAAAGGGCGAUAAAAAGAAAGUUUCUUGCGCAAGUAAAGACAAAAAGGAUAAAUGUCCCAAAGAGGAUCCUUGCAAAAAGAAAUAUUCCACAUUUAGUAGCCCCGUCUCAAAAUUCUAUCAUUCCAACAGCUCGCAUAUACCCUUCAUCCGCAACCCCAACCGUUUCAUGUCAACAGCCAUAUUUAACCAUAGUCCCCAAGUGUUCUCAGAGAAGAGUAGUUCAAAUUUAAUGCAUAAUCUGAGGACCUACACCACGGUGUGCCACUACAGUGCUCUACCAGCUGAGCAAAAAAUGAAUUCCUCUUGCCCCCUAAACGAGAGCAACUACCUCAAGUCGCCCGCGAAAUUCUCGGUCUACUCGACUCUUGUGCGCCGGCAUUACGGCGGCAUGCCCACCAUCACACAGAUGGGCGCCUGGGGCAUCAGAUCGUUGAAUGUGCGUCAACUAAUCCAGCGUGGCUAUAGUAAGAAGUCCAAGAAGGGUAAGGAGUUAAAGGCGGGCGAUAGCAAAUGUGCAGCUCUGGCUGACAAGCCCAGCAUAAAGAAACGCAAGCACAUUAAGGCGCGUACGGGUCUGCGUACAGAUUGCUAUGAGAAGUUUGGAACAGAAUGUCCAAAGGUAUUCUGUACUGGCAAAUGUGACGAAGUUAAGUUUCCGCGCAAAAAAUGCGACAAAUCGGAAAAGAAGCCAAGAACCGUGGUGCCCAAGAAACCAAAGAAGCAGCUGCCCCCCAUAUGCAUGGUAAAUAAAGAGAAGGACAAAAAAGAUAAAGAAAGAAAUAAGCUCCUUACCACGGGCUCUUUCACUAUUAACCAAAUGCGCAUGCACAGCAAUUCAGCGCACAGCAAAAGGGGCUACAACUCGCAGAUCAAUAAGGCAGCAUUGAAAAUGUGUCCAUCCGAUGAGGAAUUGCCAGACUCUGUGAUUGAGGUCAUACGCAUACCCGCAUCGUAUCAAAUAUGUAAAGAGCACCUGCCGAGACCGGAGCUAAAACCAUUCGAUGUCCUUAUUAGCACUGGCUCGAUAGCACUCACUGGAUCGGAUAUACAUGUAUAUGAGAAUGCAAAUCGGGAUCUGGAGGGCAUGACCUUGGGUCACGAUGCCACCGGCUUUGUGGAGCAGGUUGGUAGCUGUGUUCAACAUUUACAUGUAGGUGAUCGUGUCGUCAUGGAAUCGGCGCUGUCCUGUGGCGUUUGUGAUUAUUGCAAACGGGGCUUGUAUAACAUCUGCGCCGAUCUGGUAUACAACGGUUUCUUGGCUACCCAUCAGUCGCAUCCGGCUGAUCUAUGUCAUAGACUGCCCGAUAAUAUUAGCAUGGAAGAAGGCACACUCACCCAAACGCUGGCAAUGGGCUGUCAGGCAUGCUUCAAGGCCAACAUCUCGCCCACAAGCAACGUAUUGAUCAUUGGCUCCACCCCCACAGCAGUUGCGGCGGCGAUGUGUGCGUCGGCAAUUGGCGCCCGAAAAGUGACCAUUGCUGGGACCAUGAGCUCCUCACUGGAAAUGAUAAGAAAGGAAUUUGGCUUCAAUAUAAUACACUUUGAUACGAAUGCACUUUUCGGUGAGGUGCUCGAAGCAGUGUACAGCAAAUUCCAAGAAUGGCCCAAUUGUGCCAUCAACUGCGCCAUCACGCCGAUGACCAUGAAUUUGACCGUGAUGGCAUUGCAACCAUGUGGUAUCUGUGUACUAGCCGAAUGCGAAUCCGAAUGUGCCAGUUUCAAUGCUCUCGACAUACUCAUGAAGAACAUACGCCUAAUACCAAGCUUUCGUUCCGCCAAUAUGUAUCCAACGGCCUUGCAACUUAUGAAAUCUGGUCGCGCACCAAUGCAUAAAUUCAUUGCCAAAACGUUUUCAUGGAGCAUGAUAGAGGAUGCGUUUAAAAGUGCACAGCAUGAGUCGAACGUUGGCUUGCGAAAAAUUAUCGUUAAUAAUAUAGAAGAAACUAACAUCGGGGGACUGUUCAAAAAAAACUAAAAUCAAUUUCAAAGACCAAUUGAUCGAUAAUAAAAAUUUUUUGUUCUCUUAAGGUAAUGCUGUACAUAAAGACCAAAUGGCGGUGUAAUAAAAAAUAAUACAUUUGAUA